AUGUCUAACCUCGAGGAUGUCCUAAAACGGAUAGGGGAGUUCGGAAGGUAUCAAGUCUUCUUGUUCAUGCUGUUGUGCUUGCCUUCCAUAAGCAAUGGGUGUUACAUGAUGGCGAUAGUUCUGCUAGCCUAUACUCCGAAGCACAGGUGCAAAAUACCGGGGUAUGAUAACGACACAUGGGCUGUACAGAGCAGCUACCAUUCCAGUCUCAUUAACCGAACCAUCCCCGCCCCGGACGACCCUUUUUACGAUUACGAUAGAUGUCACGUGUAUACUGAGACAGGAACCGGAAACUCGUCAUCAGUCAUGACAGCGAAGUGUUCUAAAUGGGUGUAUGAACAAGAUACAUUUGACGAGACUGUGGUUACACGGGAAAACCUAGUGUGUUCUGACGAGAUGAAACCGGCGCAUGCCCAGAUGGUGUAUUAUUGUGGCGUCCUUGUAGGAGAUUUGUUUUUUGGCAUGCUAUCAGACAGUAUCGGUAGACGAAAGACCAUACUCUUGUGCUCGAUCUGUCUUCUAAUAUCAUCCGUAUCGACUGCGUUUGCGCCGGAAUUUUACAGCUUCACUGUUUUGGAGUUCCUGGUUGGGGCAUCUAACCAUGGUCUCUUCAUCCUUGUCUGUGUCAUGGGUAUAGAACUUACAGGUCCCAGUAAGAGAAUGUGGGCGGGGGUUUUGAUCCAUCUGUUCUUUCCUGUUGGUUUACUUUACCUGACUGGAGCUGGAUUCAUCUUACGUAAUUGGAAGACUAUUCAGUUGGUAGUGGCAGUGCCGUGUGUGGUGCACGUAUGUCUGUAUUGGGUUAUACCCGAAUCACCACGGUGGCUCAUCAGCCAAGGAAAAUAUAAAGAUGCAGAGACUAUUCUAAGGAAGGUUGCUACCAAAAACAGGAAACCCUAUCCUGAAAAAAUUGACCUCAGCAAAAUAGAGAAAGUGAAGCCAGGUCGGGUCUGGCAGUUGUUUACCUCGAAAUCAUUGGCGUGGAGAACUUGUAUCAUAUUUCUCAAUUGGUUUUCAGUCUCACAGAUAUUCUUUGGAACGACCAUACAUAUGAGUAAUCUUGGAGGAAACUUUUAUCUGAAAUUUCUUCUGCUAGCGGUUGUCGAGUUACCUGCCAUUGCAUUAACGAUAGGACUUCUAUCGAAAUUCGGACGAAGAAAUGUACAAGCUUUCUUUAUGAUACUUAGUGGUGCUUCCAACCUUUUGACCAUAUUCACUGUACUUUUAGGAGGGAAAGACUUUGAACCAUUCACCAUAGCUCUUUGUUGUAUCGGGAAGUUAGGAUCCAAAGGAGCCUUUGUAGCAAUAUACAUUUUCUCUAGUGAGUUGUUCCCGACAGUGGUCCGCACAGGCGGGAUGGGUGCUAGCUCGUGUGUGGCACGUAUCGGAGGCAUGUCGGCACCAUAUAUUGCGAAAUUGGGCACUUUGGUGGGCAGCCAUUACGGUCAAGCACUUCCGCUGGUGAUCUUUGGCUGUAUCAGUGUCACAGCCGGCCUUUUUACACUGUUCCUACCAGAGACUGUAAACAAACGACUACCAGACACAAUAGAUGAAGGGGCAAGAUUUGGAACAUGUAAAGAGGACCCGAAUGUUCUUGUGAAGACCGUUUCUUACUCAGACGAGUCGGAGGAGUGUAAAAAUACUCCCCUUGAACAGAAAACGUUUCUUUGACAGAACUCGUUUUCUGAAAGUAGAGAUUUCGUCUAUUGUAAUGAUUAUAACAUGUUUCUUCAAUGUUAAACGUUGAAAAACUGCUGUAAAGAGCAAUUGUACUUUUAUUAUUUUUUCUAUA